AAUCAAAUAAAUCCACUCCCUCUUCUCAUUUCCAAAUCUAAACAUCACUCCCCCACAUGAAGUCAGAACGCCAACUCUUACCUCUUUUUUUCCUUUCUUUGUUCAUCAUUUCUUCCACAACCACUACCACCGCCACCGCCACCGCCGCCGUCAGAAUCCGCAAUGCCGUCGUUACAAAAAUCCCACAACAGUUCAGAGAAGCCCCUGAAUUCUAUAACUCCCCUGAAUGUCCUUCCAUUGAAAAUACCCACAACCUAAUAUGUUCUGAUAAAGCUGUUCAUGUAGCUAUGACACUUGAUUCUGCCUAUAUACGUGGCUCAAUGGCAGCUAUACUUUCCAUUCUUCAACACUCAUCUUGCCCACAAAACACAAUCUUUCACUUCGUCACUUCCGCUUCCGCAAACGCGUCACUCCUACGCGCCACCAUCCUCGCGUCUUUCCCUUACCUUAAAUUCCAAGUCUAUCAAUUUGACGACUCCUAUGUUGCCGGACUUAUUUCAACCUCAAUACGUUCAGCUCUUGAUUGUCCUUUAAACUACGCAAGAAGUUACUUAGCCAAUAUUUUACCAACUUGUGUUAAGAAAGUUGUGUACUUGGAUUCCGAUUUGGUCUUAGUUGAUGACAUUGCAAAAUUAGCCGCAACUCCAUUAGGCGAAAACAAAAUCCUCGCCGCCCCAGAAUAUUGUAACGCAAAUUUCACUUCAUAUUUUACACCAACUUUUUGGUCAAACCCAUCACUUUCUUUAACAUUUGCGGAUCGAAAAGCUUGUUAUUUUAACACGGGAGUAAUGGUAAUUGAUCUCGAUCGAUGGAGAAAAGGAGAUUACACGAAUAAAAUUGAAGAAUGGAUGGAAUUACAAAAAAGAAUGAGAAUUUAUGAGUUGGGUUCAUUGCCGCCGUUUUUACUUGUAUUCGCCGGAAAUAUAGCUCCGGUGGAUCACCGGUGGAAUCAACAUGGGUUAGGUGGAGAUAAUUUUCGUGGGCUUUGUAGAGAUUUACAUCCUGGUCCAGUAAGUUUAUUGCAUUGGAGUGGAAAAGGGAAACCAUGGGCUAGACUUGAUGCUAAUCGGCCUUGUCCUUUAGAUGCUCUUUGGGCUCCUUAUGAUCUGUUAAAACCUCCAUUUUCAUUUGAUUCUUGAAAAUGGGUUUCAAAAGAUUUUGAGUUCAGAAAAGUUUAAAUGGAAUAAAAAUGGCUGCAAGUGUAUAGAGUUUGGGGAAGAUGAUGAAGAGCUCUGUUCUUGUUUGGAGAAAAACAGAGGAUGAUGGUUUUUAAGAUCCAAAAAUUCAAAUAUAAUAGGGAGGAUUUAAAUUCAUUUUUCUCCUACUAAUAAAUUUACUAUUUCUUGUUUUAUUUUUACAUUUUACUGGAGAAUUUUUCCUGAAUGAUGUAUGUAUAUUUUCAGCUCAAUAUUGUACAGGAGAAGAGUUAAAAGUUUUGGUUCCUUGUUCUA